UUAAUACUCCCCACCAGGUCUACUGAGGCUCAGCCACUUUGAAUGGAGAAGGACAGGCACAGGGGCAAGCUCGACUUUGUCCGAUUACCCCAUUGUCAGCCUGUUGGCUUCACUGGCUGGAUUUUGCAUGGUUAUCGUGUUUGUGAUUGAUUGAUUGUUUUUUUUGUUUUUUGUUUUUUGGCUGUCUCUCAAAACUUUUUUUUUUUUUGUGGUUGUAGAGGAUUUUUUUCUCUCAUUGCUACACUAACUUUGAGGGUCUUAUAGUGAAGGAGAAUACAUAAGGGCAAAUCUGGCUGGCAUUGUCAAAGUAGGGAUUCAGUCUUUUUUGUGGAUACUGGCAACGGGCAGUGAUAGGUCAUUUCAGGAGAACUGAUCCUGACUGAGUCCUCACACGUGGGCAAAGUGAUGAGCUCCAAACUGGUGAGCUCUCUGGCCAAGGUUUACGACCACAAAGCUACGCUUGGCAGGGCUAAGCCAGGAAAGAUGGCGGGGGAUGAGGAGGAUCAACAUGCCCACAAAUUCAACCUCAUCCAGGUGAAGAUAGAAUCCCUGAGCGAGAAGAUGGACAAGCUCAUUCACCUCCAGGGGAGGGUCCUCUACCGGCUGGAUGGCAUGUCGCAGGAGAUCGGAGACAUCGAGCAAGAUGUGGAGACCUUGAUGGUGGACAAGGAGGAGGUCUGGGUGCCACCACCACCACCCCCCAGGCCACUGGAACAAGCAGGCACCAACCAGGUUAAGGAGAUGUGCCGGGAGAUGACCACCAUCAUGACCGCGGUGAACCAGCGGUCAGAACAGCAGGCUAAGAAGCUGGAUGGGAUGGAGAUGCUGAUGCUCAGCAUCCAGGAGGUGAUCAGCUUCAUUGGGGAGACGGUGAAGGGCUCUCAGCUCAUGGAGCUCCUUUUCAAAAGAGGCUCCUCUUCAUCCAGAGAGGAAGCAGCCUCACCCCCACCGAAGGAGAAAGCCAAAGAUAAGGGCAAAGAGACUGCUGAAAGGCAUGGGUCUGCAGACAAGGGCGAGUCUGUGCUCAGCAAGAAAUUAGACAAGCUGAAAGACCAGAAAAGUAUAGAGGGGAAGGAGAAGCCUCGUUUGAGUCUGAAGAGCCUGAAAUCACAGAAGAAGCCUCCGGACUCAUCAGACACCAGCUCUUUGAAGAAGCAGCCAUUGCUAGAGAAGGAAGUUCAGAAGCUCAACCAGCAGAAUGCAGAGAGGUCAGACUGUCUCCAGACUACGGCGUCCCAGGGCCUGGAAACAAGGGGGGAGGUGGCAGUCCCUCAGGCUCCCCAAAAGGGUCAAGAAUGCCUGGAUCAUCUGAAUGUCAUUCUGGACAUCCCACAGGCACCUGCAGCCAAGCAGGAGGAGGACACAAAAGUGGAGGGGUUGAAGGUAGAGGAGGAGGAUGUGGAGGUAGUCUCCGAGUUUGAGGGAGAAGGAAAGGCCAAAAAAGAGGAAGAAGUUAAGAUACCAAAAAUGGAGAAAGUGAAAGAGGAGGCAAAAGAGAAGGUUAAAAAGGCAAAUGUGACCCCUGCUGAUAGUGUGGGGCCCUCAGUCAGGUGUGAGACACCUAAGACUCAAAUCCCUCAUCCUGCUGACGCAUCUGCCAGCUCCACUGCCAUGCCCGAAGAUGUGGACCCCAUGCUGGAGAGGAAGGACAAGAGCAAAUCUGCACCUUCUGCCCCAUGUGAGGCGGAGCCAGACCACUGCAGCGAGGUGACCAGAAGCAGUGGGGGGCAGGUGGCAGAGCAGGUGGCAGCUCAGGUGGCAGCGCAGGUGCCAGAGCCAGAGGACCACAAGCAGGGCAGCCGGCUGGAGGAGGCGAAGAAGGAGGGAGUGGAAGAGGGAGGAAAGGAGGCAGAGGAAGGAGGAGAGAUGGGAGGAAAGAAGGCAGGAGGGGAGACAGAGGGGGGUGAACCCCAGGAGGAGGAAGCAGAAGAAGCCGGAGAGACUGAGGAAAUGGGGCUGGAUUUAGAGGAGUGGAAGAAACUGUGGUUGCAGAAAAAAGCAGAGCUGGAAGGAAUGCAAUGUCAUAGCGAAGGAGAGGAAACAAAGUUUAACAUCGAUGUCAGCCACCCCCCAACCGCCCCCUUCAACCACCGCAUCGUGUCAGCCAAACCCAACCAUAUCAGCAACUUCUAUACCAUCAACAAAGAGGAGAUGCUGGGAGGAGGUCGUUUUGGCCAGGUUCACAAAUGCGUUGAAAAUUCAUCGGGUCUCACCCUGGCUGCUAAAAUCAUCAAGGCUCGGAGUCCAAAAGAGAAGGAGGUGGUGAAAAACGAGAUCCAGGUGAUGAACCAGCUGGACCAUUCCACCCUGAUUCAGCUCUACGCUGCCUAUGAGUCCAGAUUCGACAUCAUACUCGUCUUAGAGUAUGUGGAUGGAGGUGAGCUCUUUGACAGGAUCAUUGAUGAAAACUACAAGCUUACCGAGCUGGAUUCGGUCCACUUCAUUCGGCAGAUCUGUGAAGGAGUCCAACACAUGCACAAGAUGUCCAUCGUACACCUGGACCUGAAGCCUGAGAACAUUAUGUGUGUGAGCAGAGUCACAAGCAAGAUCAAGAUCAUAGACUUUGGGCUUGCCAGGAUGUAUAAACCCAGAGAGAAGCUGAAAGUGAGUUUUGGUACCCCGGAGUUCCUGGCUCCUGAAGUGGUCAACUAUGAAUUUGUCUCAUUCCGUACAGAUAUGUGGAGCCUUGGAGUCAUUACCUACAUGCUGCUCAGCAGUCUCUCGCCGUUCCUUGGCGAAGACGACAACGAGACGAUGAACAACAUCCUGGCCUGCCAGUGGGGAUUUGAGGAGGAAGAGUUCACAGACAUCUCUGAGGAAGCUAAAGAUUUCAUCUCCAAACUCCUUGUCUUGAAUAAGAGUUGGAGAUUGAAUUCAUCUGAAGCUCUAGACCAUGACUGGUUGUCAGACCCUGGACUCCAUUAUCGCCUACAUAGGAAGAAGAACAUGUGUCGCUCUCGCCGAUCGUCCUGCAUCCCUCUCACUGAUUGAGAAGCUAGGGCCUCAAAUCUGGUGGCUCUGUCGACAGGCACCCUCACACCGAGCACUUUGGCGACAGGAGCCACAGCCACCCGGACCAACACUGCUGUACCUGUGUGCUUUCUGGACAUCACGCUCACCCUUUUAUAUGUAUAUUAGCACAGUAGCCUAAGCAUCCGUAAGCCUAGAACCGUUUACAUUUUAGGCAUUUCGCAGAUGCUGUGAUCCAGAGCGACGUACACGGUUUAUGUUCUUUUUACGUGCAUUUAAUUUAUACGGCUGGAUCUUUACUGAAGCAGAUCAGGCUAAGUUCCGCUGGCAGUGAUCCACUGGGAAUCGAACCUGCAGCUUUGUAGUGGCAAGCCUAGUUGCACCCUAACCCAUUAUACCACACUGCCGCCAACCGGUUCUAAGUGAUUGAAUGCCAGUGCUUCGAUAGAACAGUCCUCCCACCCGCUUCACCGUAUUAACACCCAAUGUCAGAUACUGCAGUGCUGUCACAGUUAUUCUGUUUCUGAAGGGCAAACUAUUGAUACAUUACAGCUGAAAAUGGCUUCAUAUGAGUGCAGGAUAUAAUGCAAACAUGAUACAGAAUCUGCAAUGUACAUAAAUACACGUUAAUAACACUAGCUAGCAUGAUGUGGUGUUGACUACAGUUUUCUAAGGCUGUGAACCAUGCCUUUAAACUCAAACAUUGGUUGUGAAUUUUAGAGACUUUUAGAUUCCUUGAAAAGUGUUGCUAAAGUUUGCACCCAUUAGAUCAUUUGUUUUUUUUAGCAGUUCUGAAUUUCAGUGUUUUCAUUUUUCCUAUUGUAAAUCUAGACCCAUCAGCUCAAAAUGCACAAUUAUCCAUUCAGUCUCAUGCAUUAUUUCAGUUUUAUUUAUAGAUCAGCAUUCAGCAUGUGUAUCUUAGACAUAAGUAUAUCAUAGACAUAUGCUAAUGCUUUUGUAGAUAUCUCAGUGUUUUAAUGAGACUUUGGUAGCUGUGUUAUCAAGCAGACAGGGCAUAUUUCCC